AUGCAUCUACUCGCCCUUUUGGUUUCUAUCACCUGUUUAUUAAGCCUUGUUCUAGCAGGUCCUGGAACUCACCGUUAUGAGCAACCUGGACACUCUAACUAUGGCGACGACAAAACCAACCAACAACACAUUAUGGAACACAUCAAGUCCAUGGCAAAAGACGGCCAAGAUCCACAGGCCAAGUUGACUGAAAACGAGCUCGUGUACUAUUUAUUCGUGCUGCAUGACACCAACAAUGACGGACACCUCGAUGGCCAUGAGUUACGUGCAGCCUUCACAGACUUUGAUGAGGAUGAGGAAGACGACCCAACUCGCUAUGUGGCAUUGGAUGAGAUUACUGCUAUGGUGGAUCAUGUGUUGGAAGAGGACGAUCUUAAUGGAGAUGGUAGAAUUUCAUGGGAGGAGUAUUUACAAAGUCAAUUGUAUCAUGGCAACGGUGGUCAAUAA